GUCCGUUUUUAUAAUUAUCUGUUCCGAACCCUAACAACUUCUUCCGGCCGCUCCCAAAUUCUCAGAAGAUGGCGGCGCCUUUCCCCGUCUCGCCAGCGACUUCAGCAGAACCUAAUCCUUGCAACGCAUCCGAAGGGGGCGGCGACAGCAGCUUAGAAAACGCAGGAAGAUCUACUUGGUUCAUCGCGACUGCUGCUUGCCAUCACAUGACAAACAACCGGAGCCUCAUCCCUGAUCUGAGCCCAGUAAGCAAUAAAGUUGUUCAUUCUGGGAAUGGCUUGCCGAUGCAGGUGUGUGGCAGAGGAUCUGUGGAGACAGCAAAGGUCGUUCUCCCUGAUGUGUGGUAUGUACCGGAGCUUACUGAAAACUUGGUUUCAGUGGGCCAACUCACCGAACUGAAUCUUAGCAUUGUGUUUGGGGGCGGCGAGUGUAGCAUCAGUAAAAUCAGUGAUGGGUCUGUUGUCGGCAAAGCUCGUAUGGGAUCUGAUGGCAUGUAUGCAGUAGACUUCCUGAAAGUUCAGCUGAAUUAGCACCUCAGUGUAUGUUGUAGCAGAAGUAUGUGUCUCUUUGGAUGCAUACUCAGGAGACAACAUCUUUGCUUGCAAGCAUUUUGGGCCCUGCUUGUUCCAUGGUUAUUUCCCGUGAGAAGGUAAGUGGCAGUGACGAGUGAAAAAUGGGCUGGGACAGGGGAGCUUCUCCUAUAUGUGCAAUCCAAAUUAACAGCUUUCACUGGAAUCAGGCUAGUAUUUGAGUGCUACCUAUGUAUUUUAAGUUGUUAUGUUUUGAGUAUCUGAGAACUACUGGAUGGGAAUUUGAUCUCUUAAGCAUUUACUUUGAUCACAUCUCAUUUCCGAUCCCUCUGAUGGUUCUGAUAUAGCUACUGAGGACGCAAGUGGAACGCAUCUAGUUUCAGCUGUAUGCCUGUAUGUACUACUACUGAAUUUGUGUGUGAUGUUCCUGUGCAAACGUAAUGCUCGGCUAUGAUUGAACAGGAGCAAC